AUGUUGACGGUCAAACCACUUACACUCAUCGCUUCCCUCUUGCUGCCAACAACAGCGAGGACAACAAACACCCCAGUCCAAACUUUCGCCAACUGCCAGAGGAAGACCCCCAACCCACUCUCAGGCUGCCCCCCUGGGACCCUCUACGUGAGCCAAGUCGACACGAACGCAACGUUCCGCACAAUCCAGAGCGCCAUUUCUUCCAUCCCUAACAACACCACGCCCUACACUAUCCUCAUCGCCCCCGGUACUUACAUCGAACAACUGAACGUCACCCGCGGCGGCCCCCUAACGCUACUAGGCGCAUCAAACCUCCCAUGGCAAAACAAGUCAUACGCCGACAUCGAUUACGACACUCCGCACGAGAACGACGUCCAAGUGUAUUGGAACUCAGCCAACAACGACGCCGUCUUCACUGAUAAUGUGUACACAGGCGUCCUGACCAUUGGGCCGACCCUCAACGCCACGCUUACCGGCUCAGGUCCGACGGGAUUCCCCGUGCCAGACGAUACGCCCUUCGGUUGCACGGAUUUCCGGGCGUAUAAUAUCGAUUUCAGGAACGAAGAGUUUCCGUACUCGAAUGGACCGGCGCACGCGUUGGGGGUGAGUAGGGCGAAUGCGGGGUUCUAUUCUUGCGGGUUUUAUAGUUGGCAAGACACUAUAUACAUCGGCAAACUGGGAAAUGCAUAUUUGUAUGACACGGUCGUGGCCGGGGAAACUGACUUCCUCUACGGCUUCGGCACGUUCUGGAUCUCAAAAUCGACUCUGUCACUGCGCGCUUGCGGUGGCGGCAUCACGGCCUGGAAGGGGACUAAUACUACAUUCGCCAACAAAUACGGUGUCUACAUCUCUUCAUCUCGCGUCCUCGUCGCCAAUUCCUCCAUCGCGCCCGCCCUCGUGGAUAAGUGUUCGCUCGGCCGGCCUUGGAACGCGCUGCACCGGAGUGUAUUCAUGGACACUUACUUUGAUUCGAGUAUUUUACCAGCGGGGUACACCGCGUGGGGCGGCGCGGUGAAUGGGAAUAUAGGGGUGAACACGACGAUGGCGGUGUGGGAUGUGUAUGGGCCGGGGUACGAUGGGGUGGCGGAGAGGAAGAGUAAUGUGACGAUGAUUUUUGACGAUGAGGAGAUUGAACCUUACGUGAGGCCAGUGGAUGUUUUCAUGACGCCGGCGGGGGAGCAACCGGAUGUUGCCUGGAUUGAUCCGGCGACGCUGGGGUCCGGGGAGAGGUGA